CCCGCACUGUUCACUCCGUAAAUAAGGUAAUAGCAUUUAUUGACAAAAUGGUGCUAAUUGAAAUGUCAUCGAAAACCGCAUCAGGAAUUGGAUGGCAAAAGUCGAAUGUGGCCUUGAGGUGCUCGGUUUUCACCCCUAAUUUGAAAUCACUUCUUCAAUUUGUGAGGAAGACCGAAGCCCCAGCGCUCUACAACGGCGGCGAUAACUGGGUAGUUCGCAGCCAUCGACGGAGGCGGAAUUAAGGUCGGUGUUCUCGCAAAUCGUCGAAGCUAGAUCCCCGAUUCGUGCUUCAGAGUCGAAUUCGAGUUUAUUGUUGAGCCGCUGCCAUUUUACUCAAGGAAAAUUGAUCAUCAUACUUCUCGACAACGCUGCUUCAGGGAACGGCGGUUGUACCAGGCGUGAAAUUACCCAUCCAAGACGAAUUUAGGAUCUGCAAGCUCUACUCCAGUCUCCACAAUGCAAUUGUAGAGGUAUCCACACAAUUUCUGCAAUUAAGGAAUGUCUAGCCGCACAAGUGAACACGGUCAUCUGGUCAUGGUAUUGGAGGACAUUAUGCAACUUUAUCGUAUUGAAACAACCUAUUUCUUGCACAAUUACCUUAAUGCCCGCACCCGGCUAGCAAAAAGAAAGGUCCUAGACCACGCAAAGCGGUAUAGUAUAUUGAAAAAAAUCCCUACGCAAGUGGAGCACCUAGAUAGACUUGUGCAUGCUAGUGAUACGGAUUGCAUCGCCAAAUUGCGAAUGGACCACAACACCUUUGGACGGUUAUGUCGUAUACUACAUGCGCGGGGUGGCCUGCACAUCGGGAGAUGUUUAGGAAUCGAGGAACAGGUUGCCAUGUUUUUGGGGGUACUUGCUCAUCAUGAUAAAAACCGUGUGGUUAAAUUCCAUUUCCUCCGAUCUGGGGCCAUUGUUUCGCACAUUGUGCACAACGUGCUUUGUGCAAUUCUCAGCCUUCACUCGGUGCUGAUUUCCAAACCCACUCCCGUCACCGAAAACAAUACAGAUCAUAGAUGGAAAUGGUUUAAGGGUUGCCUUGGUGCUCUUGAUGGAACACACAUCAACGUACUCGUCAGCAAUGAAGACAAGCCCCGAUACAGAACCAGAAAGGGGCAAAUUGCGACUAAUACCCUUGCCGUGUGUGAUCGAAACAUGCAAUUCGUGUAUCUACUAGCCGUGUGGGAAGGGUCUGCUGGCGACUCCCGUAUUCUUAGAGAUGCAGUUACCCGGUAUAAUGGCUUCAAGGUGCCCCAAGGUUGUUACUACUUGUGUGAUAAUGCUUAUGCUAACAGUAAUGGCUUCCUCACACCAUACCGUGGCGUGCGUUAUCAUCUGAAAGAGUAUGGCCCAGGAACCGAGUCCCCGCAGGAUCCAAAAGAAAUGUUCAAUAUGCGCCAUACUAAGGCAAGAAACAUAAUCGAACGAGCUUUUGCAGUCUUAAAAAUGCGUUGGGGUAUCCUUCGAAGUGCAUCGUUCUAUCCAAUUGAGAUUCAGAUCCGCUUGAUUAUGUGUUGUUUUCUACUACACAAUUUUAUUCGGCGGGAGAUGGAGGUUGAUCCGGUCGAAAUGGAGCUUGAUGAUGCUGAUUUGGCGGAGUUGGGCAACACAGAAGAAAACAUAGGCGCUGAUUAUGUGAAUUGCGUCGAGCCAACUGCCGAAUGGACUCAAACCAGGGAGCAACUAGCAAUGAACAUGUGGAUGAAUAGAUAGGAUUUGUUGUUAGCUACUGAUCUUUUUCGAAACUUUUUGCAAACUAUGUGAUAUUGUACUCAUUUGGUUUUAUCCCCCUCUAACUAAACUUUUCUGGUUUUAUCACAUGUGGAUGAAUAGACGUUUAACACAUCA